GGUACCGGGAAACGCCCUGCCCAACCGCGGCUCGCGGUGUCCCCGGGCUGGGCGCCGGCGGGGCGAGGCCAGUUCCCGGCGCCGGCGCUUCAUUCUCCCCUCUGGGACCCGUCGCGCAGGCCCCGAGGGUGCGGCGACGUCCGGAGGCGCGGCGCGGGCAGAAGGGUGAGCGGCGGGGCGGGGCCGGGCAGCCGACUCCGGGAGUCCGGCCCGGCACCUCUCCCCUCCGCCCGGGACUGCGGCCGACGGGACGCCCGCGGGCCGGGGCUGCAUGGGGCUCCCGCGCGGCCCGCUCUUCUGGCUGCUGCUCCUGUUCGCGGUUGUCUGCUCGGGGAUCCUCGUCGCCCUGUACUCCUCGGCGGUGGAGUCGUACCUGGGGCCCCUGACCGGAGCCAGGAACAUCACAUCGUCUCGAGCUUUCUUUGGACCCAAGGCAUCGAAUUCUAGGACGAGAAAGAACCUGCCCUGUCGACACUCACUUUCUCUCGCCAUUCGACGGCACCCUCACUUCCGGGAUCUGUUUGAUCUCUCCAUUCCAGUGCUGCUGUCAGGGAACCUCUUCACCCAGGAGCUCUGGGACAGCCUGAGCCGGCACAAAGCCCCCUAUGGCUGGCAGGGGCUCUCCAGCCAAGCCAUCGCCUCCACCCUGAGCCUCCUGAAUGGCUCUGAGAGCACCAGGCUGUUUACCGUCUCCAGGGAGCUGCUUCCGGGCUGCAUCCGGUGUGCCGUGGUGGGUAACGGAGGCAUUCUGAAUGGUUCCCGCCAGGGUCAGAACAUCGAUGCCCAUGACUACGUGUUCAGACUCAAUGGUGCUGUGAUCAAAGGCUUUGAGAAUGACGUGGGCACCAAGACCUCCUUCUACGGUUUCACUGUAAACACAAUGAAGAACUCCCUCAUCUCCUACUCAAACCUGGGCUUCACCUCUGUGCCGCAGGGACAGGACCUGCGCUAUAUCUUCAUCCCCUCAGACAUCCGCGACUACGUGAUGCUGAGAUCGGCCAUUCUAGGUGUGCCUGUCCCUGAGGGCCCCGAUAAAGGGGACAGGCCUCAGACCUAUUUUGGACCAGAAGCCUCCGCCAGCAAAUUCAAGCUACUCCAUCCAGACUUCAUCAGCUACCUGACAGAGAGGUUUCUGAAAUCCAAGUGGAUUAACACAAAAUUCAGAGACCUAUACAUGCCUAGUACUGGAGCCCUCAUGUUGCUGACAGCACUACAUACCUGUGACCAGGUUAGUGCCUAUGGAUUCAUCACAAGCAACUACCAGAAAUUUUCUGACCACUAUUUCGAACGAGUAAAGAAGCCACUGAUAUUCUACGUGAACCAUGAUCUGUCCCUGGAAGCCACCCUGUGGAAAGACCUGCACAAGGCUGGCAUCCUUUGGCUGUACCAGCGCUGACCCUGAAGCACCCAAGACCUUCGUGGUUUUGCAGAGCUGAGGCCCUUGGCCCCUCAAGUGGCCAAAGCUGCUUUCUGGUCUUUUCAGCCUGAGAGGGGCUCCAACUGUCCUUGACCCUCCCCCCCUUCUUCCCUACAGAGGACACCGAGUGGAUGUGUGACUGUCACUGAAGCCUAUUCUUUGUGGGACACCCCACCUUGUCCUCAGCUCAUCCAAGAAGACUCUCCCCUGGUUUGAGCCAGACAUCCCAACCCUGGCCAAGAAAAAAUGGACUGCUCUCUGCUGGAUUUGUCUUUAACGCCGAAGAUAACACUCUCAAGGGGAGACUGACCCUCACCAGCGUGAGGCACGCAUCCUUCAUAGCUGAGCGCUCCCACGACAGUAGUGGCACGGAGUGACCAGGAGGUCAGUGGAGCGGCUCAGGGUCUCUCAGUUAACAAAGAACAAGCAGCAGCAGAAGCAAACGCACGCUUCUCAGCCCAAAUCCUACCACUAGUGUGUCCGGCUUCACACAAACUCCAAAGCAGUUCAACUCAAGGACAUGUUGGAACAGCCUUGCUGAGAACAGGACCGACGCACUUCUGCCCCCUGAUAAAGUGGGAGCACAAAAGGCAGAAUGUGAUUUGAAACUAGAUAAUUGCAUAAAUGGUGGAUAACCGCUGUGUCUGUGUGUGUUGGGGGAAGUAGUAUAUCAUGCAGGGUGCUUAGCACAAAGAAUUCAGAAUUCAAGAACCAUGGGGAAGGUUCUGGUAUUUGAUGGGAGUCAACCACGCAGAAGGUUGCUGGCCUCUGAUUAAAGUCCCACUGGACAUGUAUUACCACCUUGUCACCAAAAGGACAUUACCGGGUAAUGAACCCUCAUUAUCGGACACAACAUCAUGGCUUCAAUAAUUUGACUUGAUGUAGGCAGUUUUUUUUUUUUUUUUUUUUUAGGCAGUUUUAUUUUAGAUUACAUGGGCUUCUAUUAGAAGUGUAAACCAACUGAGUUAUCACCAUACUACCCCUUAAGCAAACCCUGGGAUUUACUGUCCUGAUGUCUAGUCUGAUGUUGCUACACACCGUACCCAGCAAGGCAGUGGAGGGGGCGGGGGGAUGUCUCCACAGGUCUGGUAGGCAAGAGCCUCCCUGCCCAAAACCUGGCCCUUGGGUCUGUGGUUUUGAAGGGAUGAUCCUAUCAGCACACCUAACAAGAGCGAUGAAUCAAAAUGCUACUUUAGAAAUUGAGACGUGAUUAAGUGAAUGGACAUUUAGGCUUUAAUGACUAAAGCAGCUACUUGAGAAACCAUA